AUGUCAGCUGGCACACCAACAUCGCCAGGCUUUCCGCUCGGAUAUGCUUCAGGAUCUAGCGCAGCUGCUGCUUCCAUGGUUGCUUCGAGUCCACGAGCUGCUGCUGCUGUCGCCGCCGCUUCACUGGCCUCGAGACCAGGCUCGAACAUCGGCUCUCGUCCCGGCACCCCUUCUUCUGCAGGACUGGCUAAUAUGGGCAGCAUGGGAGGCAUCAGCGUCGACGAAGGUGAGUCGAGGACCAGCCUCACCAUUGUAUGGCUCCCACUAAGCGCGACUCCUGCGUGCUGAAUGACCUGCUCGUGCCUUUCGUCAUGGUGGCUCCGCCUAGUCCGCAAAUGGACGCAGGCAGAGGUCGCUACUUGGCUGCACAGCCUUCGUUUGGGCGCUCAUGCCACGACUUUUGCCAAGCAUGACAUCCUGGGUUCAGUACUACUGGAUGUGGAUCAAGGGUCCUUGAAGGAGAUGGGCAUCACUGCCGUCGGGGACCGGAUCCGAGUAUUCACAGCGAUAAAAAACUUGAGAAAAAGGUGCGCAGAGACGGCAGCUAUGAACACGCUGUCGCGUGUCGCGCCUCCUCCAAGAGCUGUCAAUGCGACAGACAGCGAGAUGGAAUACCUGCACGACGUAUCCACCCACUCGACGGUCCACGACUACGAUGCGGCUGGUCUCGGUGGUCGUAGAUCGCAGCACGUCAGGCCGCCGCCUUUGCACCUUUCCCAGUCGUCGGCCCAAGACAUGCCGAUCACGCCCACAGCUCCGUCCCCUUCGGGAAGUCUGAGCAACGGCCAGGGCCUGGGACUCAAGGAAAUGAGAGGCCUUGCCCAGCAAGCAGGGCAAGGUCGCACUCUCAAUGGAUCAAUCGUCUCCCGCAGCCCCGUAGGGCUUCACAAACCAUUGCCGGACGUGCGCGACGAGUCUUUGUUGGGUCAUCGCAAGAUGAGUUCCAACGGUGGCGUAGCUGGUCUGUUGGGUGCGCAGAACCCUCGUGCAGCUUAUGGCUAUGGCCCUUCGGGUGGCAUGCGCCCGAGCACUGCGACAGGCUCGAGCUACGCUGCGAGUGCGGGCGCUCGUGCAGGACAUGGUCUCACCUCCGGCUCUUCAAGCAGCCCAACGAGCGCGACCUUCGGGGUCAGCCGGCCCUCCACCGCAGACGCUGUUCGCAUACACCAUGGAUCGGCAGCCAGCAACCUGGCCAACAAUCCAUUAACGCCCAUCACCGAGAUGUCCAGAGACUCUCCCACGACACCUCUGUACAGCGCUACAUCGGCUGCGAGUGCCAAUCGCAGCGAGAGGGGCUACGCCGUCGGUCAUGGUCCAUUUGCGGCAUCCGCAUCAGGACGCCCAAUCACACCUCGGGUUGCCGACGCUUCAUCUGCAGCUUCGAACACUUCUUAUGCCGCUCAGGCGUCCCUGGAAGAUUUGAAGCGGCAGAUUAUCAAAUUCAUCGGGGAAGACGGCACCACCCGUACCGUCAACGUGUCGGACUGCCGGGAUGCUUAUGAUGUGCUUGCGCGUGUACUCAAGAAGUUUGGAAAGAGCGUAGUGGGAAACAGCUAUACUCCGACCGCUGGUCAGACUCUGUCUGCGGAGGAUCACGAGUACGAUGACGGCGAGACCUGGGGCAUCUUUGCAACCAGCGGCGAAGGCAAGACAAAAUCCUUGACGGACAAUGAGCUCUUGGCUAUUUGUCAUGCCCCUCAGCCGCACGACCCCUUGCGCGAGAGGGGAUUGACGCUUCGCAGGCUGGGUCCCAAGCAUGAUCACGGAGGCAAGGGCACUGCGUCGGCGCCCCGCCGCAACAAGCUCGAAUCGUUCUUUGGAGAAAGAAUGCCUGGUCAUGCGGGCGGUAAUCCUGGCGAGAGCGAUCAUAUGGAGGCGCAUACAUACGUCCCGCCUACAGGAAAGAAAGUGAACCGCGCCAGUACGGUCAGCAUCAUGUCCGGUCUGGGCGUGGUAGCAAAGGGUAGCAAACCACCAACGGCUUGGGGCGCAACGCCUCCAUUACCUGGCAGACCAGAGCUUCCAAAUCGAUCGCCUACCUCUGUCAUCCCUCGAAAGGCGCGCAACUUCUUCGGCCAGAGACCGCCUUCAGAAUUGAUCAGUUCCCACUUGACGGAUUACUUUCCUCAAGCCGAGAAGCGCGUGUUGGAGCGCACAGCCAGGCGCUCUAUAUACGGCAGACCAUCCGCAAGCGUCCGAUCCAAGCGAGACAGCACGUGGAGCUUCACCGCUGAUGCGGAUGCCCCACCUCUUCCCGGCAAGGAGAGCUUCGAGAGCAGACACAAUCCCCCCUCGAUCUACAUCGGUACGCCCGAGGACUCUGAUGAUGGGCAUACCUCAAGCAGCGCUUCGCAGCAUCAACCUCCGCCUGCGCCGAAGCAGGCGUCGAAGCCCCCCACCCUACCGCCCGUCAUCGGUCGUUCUUCGCUGGACGAUUGGUCCAAAAGCUUGCAGACUGUGGGCUCGCCCGUUGAAGAAUCGCCUCCGACUUUGACGCCCUUGCCCAAAGCAGGCAGACCGCUAUCCCAACGACGCGCCUCUGGCGAAAGUUCUCGCAGCAGUCGCAAGAGCCUCGCGACGCAGCUGCGCGCUGCCAGAGGUAUCAGCAGCUCAGGAACGUCGAACUUGAGCGGGCAAGACCGCAGCGAUGCUGCAAGCAUGCUGACGGUGGAUGAAAUCACGCAGCAAGUCGAAGACAGACGCGCUAGCAUGCACCUUGCGGGAGCUGGAGGCGGUUGGGUGGUGGAUGAAGAUGGUGUACCUAUUCCAGUGCGCAAUGCUGGUCGGAAAGCAGGAUCCAUCAUUGGCAGCACCCGUCCUCAGAGUACGCUGAGCGUCAGCGUCAGCGGUGAAGAUGCAGAAGAUGCAGACGAGGCAGGGGAGGAAGAACAGGCUUCGGGGCCCGGACGCAGCAGUUCGCGCAUGUCAGUGCCGGGCGAAGAGACCGAUCACCAUGCUGGAGAUCCCAUGGCCGUCACCCGUAGCGCGACGAGCCGCGCGAGCAGCGUAAGCGAAUUGCAACACGACAUGGCAGAUGAUGGGGAAGAAGACGAAGAGGUGUCAGAGGAUGAGAUGGUGGAUGAGGAAGAUGAGGAUCUGAGCGGCGAAGAGGAGGAUGAAGAGCAAGGCAUCUUCCACUCUGCGGUGCCUGGCAAGGACCCCAUCAAAUGGAUCAAAGGAGCUCUGAUCGGUGCUGGAUCAUUUGGAAACGUGUUCCUGGGCAUGAACGCAAAGAAUGGAUUGCUCAUGGCUGUCAAACAGGUCGAGCUUCCUUCUGGUGACUCAAAGACGGAUCAGCGCAAGAAGAGUAUGCUGGAAGCGCUGGAGCGCGAAAUCGAGUUGCUGAAGACCAUGCAACACGAGAAUAUUGUGCAGUACUUGGGUGAGUGGUGCUGGCGGUGUCACGGUCUCGGAUGUCUUCUCAUUCGCGUCGCACCUGUCUUUCAUCUCCAGACUCGUCCGCGGAUAGCACGCACCUCAAUAUUUUCCUCGAGUACGUUCCCGGCGGCUCUGUCGUCGCUCUUCUCCGCAAUUAUGGCGCUUUCGAAGAGCUGCUGGUGCGCAAUUUUGUAAGGCAAAUCUUGCAAGGUCUGAGCUACUUGCAUGCUCGCGAAAUCGUACAUCGCGAUAUCAAGGGCGCCAAUAUUCUGGUCGAUAACAAGAGCUGCGUCAAGAUUUCCGACUUUGGCAUCAGCAAAAAGGUGGAGAGCGGUGAGUGGACAGAGUCAUUGAGAAGGCUGAUCGGCUUCUUGGCAUACCAGCGUGUACUGACGAGCAAUAGCAUCGCGCACAGACCUUCUCGUUAGUGCCAGGGCACACCGACCAUCGCUGCAAGGCAGCGUGUUCUGGUGAGUGUUCGCUUGGCCAUUGACCGUGUAGAAGGUCCCUCCGCUGACGUGCGGCUCGCAUCGACAGGAUGGCUCCCGAAGUCGUCAAGCAGACCUCCUAUACUCGCAAAGCCGACAUUUGGAGCUUGGGUUGUCUGGUCGUGGAGAUGAUCAGCGGGACACAUCCAUGGGCCAAUCUGAACCAGAUGUGAGUCAUUUCCGUUCGAAACUCUAUUGGAAAAAAGACACUCGCUCAUGCGACUGCGUGGCUGAACAGGCAAGCGCUCUUCAAGAUUGGAUCUUUUGCCAAGCCAACUUUGCCCGAUGACGUAUCGCAAGAUUGCAUCAACUUUUUGAACGCCACCUUUGAGCUGGAUCACAACAAGCGUCCAUCUGCUGACGAGCUUUUGCAGCAUCCCUUUAUCGUUGGAGAGUACACUGGUCCUGCAAACGCGAGCGGCAGCAGUGCGGACGAUCCAAAUUCUGCAGGCUCCGUCAAGGCUGCUUCAUCGGGUGCCACGACGGUGUCUGGCGCUACGGGAGCCGGUAAUACUGUCAAGGCUAAAAAACAAUCUGCUGCGGCUGCUCGAAGAGCUCGGGAUGCUGUACAAGCACCUGUCCAGGACUCUGCAGACACCUUUUCAUGA